CUUCCCCCUCACCCUCACUGUUUUGAUACGAAAAAUGGCGGCGACCGGCGAGUCGGAAUGUAGUAUGAGUCCCAAAACAAGACCUAGAGCGUCGAAAGUAUGGGUGUAUUUUACCACAGACGGGGACAAAAGAGUGGUCUGUUCACUCUGUAAAACAUCACUGGCUUAUCACAAGAGCACAACUACGAUGCUCGAACACUUAAAAAGGAAACACACAGGAAUUGUCGAAGAUGCUCCCACUGAAAAGGAGAGGACGAUGCACGAACACUUAAAAUGGAAAUACACAGGAGUUGUUGAAGAUGUGCCCAUUGAAAGGGAAAAGACAAUGAUGACUCCAUCCAAACACACUCCCGCUCAUUCAAUCCCCCCACACACUCUGACUCGCAUGGCAAGGCAGUGGCUUGAAGAGGACACGCCGAACUUUGAUCCAGCAGGCGUGUGUGUGGGCUCUCAGGAAGUUGAGGCCAGGUUGCUGUGUAAAAGCCCACACAGCAUCUUGGCAGGAAGUCCGUUCUUCACAGCAGUGUUCACAGAGGUCGGCUGCACUGUGGAUUGGUUUUACCAGGAUGGAGAUGAAGUUGGUCCAGAUCCUGUCACACUUACUGCUGUGGUACGAGGUCCAGCACGAUGUCUCCUCCUGGGUGAAAGGCCAGCUCUGAACUGCCUGGCCCGCGCCUCAGGGAUCGCCACUCGAUGCUCUCAGUUACGCAAAAUGGCAACGGCAUGGGGAUGGCACGGAGAAGUGGCGGGCACACGUAAAACAACCCCUGGUUUCCGCAUUGUGGAGAAGUAUGCCAUGCUGGUGGGUGCUGUGUCCAUGCACAGGAUGGACCUGAGUGGAAUGGUCAUGCUAAAGGACAACCAUGUCUGGACUUCAGGAAGCAUAACAGAGGCAGUGAAAGCUGCCCGGUCAGUAUGUGGCUUUAGCAGCAAGAUUGAAGUGGAGUGCUGCUCUAUUGAGGAGGGCAUUGAGGCGGCCAUUGCAGGAGCAGACAUUGUUAUGCUGGAUAACGUCCAGCCAGAGGAGCUCCAUGCUGCAGCUGCUGCCCUCAAGCAAAGAUUUCCAGCUCUGCUGAUAGAAGCCAGCGGAGGAGUGACAACACAAAACCUAGGGAGGUAUUUCUCUCCACACGUAGACAUCAUCUCCCUGGGCUGUAUUACACAAGGAUGUCCAGUCGUGGACUUUUCACUGAAGGUUCAAAAACCUGUUUGUCUGUCAAUGAAGAUCAAAGAAGAAUUGGCUCCAUAAACAGAGAAGUUGAAAUUGCUUCCUGUUGGAUUCAUUUUCCAGCUGAGAUGAAGAAGAGAACAAGAAUUUGGAAAGUUUGUCAAUGAUUGAACGUCUCUGAUUGAUGGCGUUAAGAGCUGAAGGCCUGCCCUGGAAAUUAAUCUUUUUGUGGGGUCAACAUGGGUCACCGUUCUGUACAAGGCUUAUCAAUAAACUGUGAUUAUUGAUCCUUGGGGUAUUUUACACAGGAAUUGUUUUACUCUGUGAAAAACAUUGCAUGUCUCUUUUAAUGUUACAGCUCUGAUAUGGGCAGGAGAAGUGGGCGAUAAUACACAUUUUUGGUAUUGAGUUAUUACCAAGUGAAUACAGGACAGGUAGCAGAUGACGAUACUUUUACUUGAACAUUUUUACGUGAUUUUGUUUUUCUUUGAGUUUGUUGAUCAUGAUUGUAACCAGAAUAAAACAAAGAACAAAGAUUUCAGGAAAAC